AUGGCGAGUCGUCAGGCGUUCCCUGGGUGGACUCCCUUUGCUCGUCUUUUCUCCUUCAGAUUGGUGCAUCGCAGUAGCGGACCGGUUAGAAAAUUCAUUCACACUGACGCGGUUCUCCUUCAGCAAGAUGACGCUGGAAACGGAGUAGAAAAUAUUUCAGUGGGAGACAGAAAUGGCUUUCCUGUUUUGACUGUUCCAUUGCCAUCUCGAAGAGAGCUUUGUGAAUUUACUCUUCGUCCACUCAGUGAAACUGUUAAAGAUUUGAUGGAUGACAUCAAAGAUGAAGAUGGCGGCAUCGAUCGAGUUGCUGUUUAUAAUGAAGAUGGUGUUCGCAUAUCUGGAAGUACUAGGCUAGAUGUUUUACUGCGUUCAAAUUUUAAGCUAGUUGUCAAUGAAACUGCAUACUCUAUACAAGUACCAGAUGAUGGCAAAUUAACUGUUGAGGAAUCCAGAGCACUGGCUAAAACCAAGACUAUGAUUCACCAACUAUAUAGUUCUUUGAACAUUGAAGAACAUCAGCUUGAAAAAGAAAGAAAACUUCUGGCCAAACUAGAUGACAUAAAGCUUGAACUAGAACCAAUGGAAAAGCUAAAGACAGACCUGAACAGGAAGUCUGCGCAGCGAGCUAACAUGCUCGUGUGGGGAGGGUUGGGUUACAUGGCUUUACAGUUUGGGUUUCUUGCACGAUUGACGUGGUGGGAGUACUCAUGGGACAUCAUGGAACCUGUCACUUAUUUCGUUGGUUAUGGGACUGCAAUUGUCUGUUAUGCUUAUUUUGUUUUAACUAGACAGGAAUUUUUAUAUCCAGACGCCAGAGACAGGCAACAGCUUCUUUCAUUUCACAAGUUUUCCAAGAAAAACCAAUUUGAUGUAGAAAAGUACAACCAUUUGAAGGACUGUAUUUCCAAGAUUGAAGAGGACCUGCAGGAGCUACGCAGCCCUUACAAGCUCCACCUACCACCAAGAGUCACUGAGAAAAUCAAGGAUCAUUGAUAUAACAGUGAAAAAUUAUUUUAUAUUAAUUAUCCAUUAAUACGAUUAAUGUUAAAACCCAAUUGGAGUUUCRCAUUAGGAGGUAUGGGAUCCUGAACAAUCAAUAUAUGUACCAAGGAACUAGUAAGUGAUGUUUCCCAACAUCUAUAAGUUAUCAUUUCCAUGGAGUUAUACUCUUUUUAAUAAUUUAAAGCCACAGUCGCUUAAAAAGAUACGAAGUUGAAGCUGACAAGAAAUAUGAUCAGAGUAUAUACUACCUUUUACAUGUUUUAAGUGCCAUUGAUAAGUAUUGAUGGACUUGCGAUUUUAUGCCAACCCCAGUUCCACCUGCCGACUUAUAAUUAAUUUUAUUAUAUGGCAAGGUAAUUUCGCGCGCUAUGAUUGGUCAAUUUGCGGUCCAUAACUUACGGUACGGACCGAAAAAUGAAAUGGUUCACUGAGUGUACGUACUUAUGAUCUUUUAAAACAUUCAAAUCUUUAUCAAAAAUAUAUAUUUCUAGAUGAAAAUCGUCGGAAAACCUUCAAUAAAUAAUUAAAGAUAACUGAAAGGCACUGGCAUUUAAUGUAAAACUUAUCAAACAAGCCACAACUCUUUCAUACAAGCGAAACUCUUUCGAUCAAGGCUCUACACGGUAGUAGUUGAGCGAUUUUGUACGACUAGAAAAAACUAGAAAAACUAACUAUGCUAAAGCUAAAACUAUGUCAAACKACGAACUAAAGGGUGGUGAUUAGCGGCUAAUUCAGUAAAUGAAAUAAAGAUAGGUUUACAAGCAGAA